GACACUGGUUACCUUGGAUGAAAUUGAAUUUUCCAAUUUUUCGUCCCUCAAUGGCAAUGAAUAAUCGAAGUGCACCAACAGGUCAAAGGCGUACUCAUGUAUUACAAAGAGCCGCUGGAAAAUUAUUUUAUCAGUGGGCCGAGGCUAUCGGAUCUAGAUUGGAGCAAUUUUUAGCUGAAGAUAAACAAAAUUUUGAGAAAGUUAAUCAAAUUAUGCUAGAUGAAACUAAACACAGAGAUUUAAUUAUUGAAGACGAGGAGGAAGAUUUUCUGGAUGAAGCGAGCAUAAAAACUUAUGGAUCGCAGUGUCCAAUCGCUUUGCGCUUAGUUGCCUGUAUGUUGCUUUUGGAAAUUACGGCCUUUCUUAGAGAAAUGUAUCAGACUCUCCCCAAAUCAAAUAGACUUUCAACUAAGGAACGACCACCCCCUUGGGAAAAAUUAUACAGUCGUGAUGCAAAUAGACGUUGGAGUAUGGCCCUUUCAUCUAUGGGACAUUCACAAACUUCUGCACAGAGCUUACAGUCAAUUGUCGGCGAUAGGGAAAAUGAGCGUAAAAUUAGCUUUGUUCUUCAUGAGCCAGAUAAUGAAUCGGAAGGUAGUAGUAAAUCUAAUGUUACAAUUCAAGGUGAAGACAUUCAGAAUAAUGAAAAAGAAAAAAAUAAACGCUUUCAAGCGUCUUCAUCAAGACCUUUUUUAUUGCGACGGGGCACAGCAAGCAAUACAGCUACUAGUUCUUUCAAACGAAGAAGUUUAAAGCUCCGAAGAGGUACGAAGGAAGGAAAGGAAAUUGAAUUGGAAGCAUUUCGUCGUGCUGAUUCUAUUCAAUCUAAACGGAAGGUUAGUUCAUUGUCGGAUAGAAGCGAUACGUCUGAACCAGGACUCUAUGGAGAAGUCAGUGGCGAAGAGUCUCCUGGAAUUUUAAGUGAUGAUCAACCACCAGAAAGUCCUAGUGACAGUAAUGAUGCUGAUGAAACUAAUAAAAAUUUUCCAUGGAUGAAAGUAGUGGUACAAUUUGCAACUAAUUUUAAUUUUUAUUGUUGUCAUCAAAAUUUUUGUCAUCCUUAUUGCCAUCGAAGGCAAAUGCGUGCAAGUGAGAGGCUAAUCAAAUCAGUUCGGAAAGUAUAUGGUGAAGAAUUUGGUUUUAUAAAUGAAAAUGGUUUUUUUUAUUUAAACAGUGAUAAAAAAGAUAAUGGUAAAAAAGAUAAGCGAGGUAGAAAGAUUUCAGAUCAAAUGAGUUCACAAGUAUCACCUGUACGAAGAAAAGAUAGCAUCGGACGCAAAUUCAAAAUAGAAAAAAAUGUAGACGGUUUACAAACGAGUCAUUUAAUGGGUGGAAGUCGCGAUUCAUCAAAAGAUGUAUCCGAUCAUGAUUACGAUUAUAAUCAAGAUUUCGCUAGAGCAAUGGCACCACCAGAAGAUUAUAAAGAUAAAGAAGAACUUCCUAUGUUAAAAUAUAUAAAAAGACAAGUAAAGGACGCUUUUCAUGCACCUUUAGCUACUCUUUUAAAAGGAGCAAUCGUAAUGUCGGACGAUCUUUUUAUCGACAUUCUCCCAGUUACUUGGGAACUUCUGUUAGAAAUGAAUCAAGAAGUUGCUGCGGCAGCUGCUUCGUUAUUUAUAGUUUCAGCAGUUCGUGCACCAACACAAGCAACUGAUAUUAUGCACCGUGGAUUGCGUCAUUCACAUACAGCUAUCCGAAUAAAUUCUAUCUUAAGAUUUCAAGUUUUAUGGAAAUUCCGAUAUCAAGUAUGGCCGAGAAUGGAAGAAUCGGCUCAUUUAACAUUCAAAGUACCACCACCAGGGAUUGAAUUUACAUUACCGUCUCCAAAAAUUGGCAUAGAAUCUUUACCUGUUGUAGAUCCGCCAUGGAUGCCACAAGUAAAGACGAAAGUUGAAGAAGUGACUAUUAAUCAAGAACGACACAGAGCUUUAGUAACAGCAACAAAAACUCGUAAAAAACAGCAAACUGAGCUAAUAAAAAAAGCAUUACAAGCACAAGAUGAUAAGAAACGAGAGGAAAGAGAAAAUUUUUUAAUUACAACCAUACCGAUUACACUACAAGCAGCUUAUGAACCGAGUCCAGUGGGAGAAGAUCACGACGAAGGCAACAUUGAUGAAGAUGGAGGUGAUUUGGCUCCACGUAAUUUAACCCACCAUGGACAAUCAGCAUUAUCUCUGUUCCCAUCAGCAUUAUGCUCUGCCAUCAUUCAAAUAAUAAUUCUUUUAGACGAUGCUGCAGUUUCCGAAGAUGGUAAUGCAGUUUAUGAAAUGGCUUAUCAGGUUGUGCAUAGCGUCCACGGUAUUAUGUUCAAAGAUUUAAAACAAAUUUUAAGGAAAGAACAGUGUGAUGCUUCUAUUUUAUUGACAGCUAAUGUUCCUUCGGCUAAAAAAAUUAUUGUUCAUGGCCCACAAGACCCCGAUGCUGGUGGUAUACCUUCUCAAUUUCCUGUUCAAGAAGAUACACAAUUUGGCCAAAUAUUACGAGAGUCUCUUGAUUUUUUUGGUAUCGAAGAAACUAAACAUAAGGAAUAUUUUCUUGUUGAUUACAAAACACAUCAAAUUCACAAUCCAUCAUCAUACGUACGAGAUUAUUAUUUCUUUAAACGUUCUCAGUAUCCACAAUUAGAACUUGUUUUUAUGAAAUCAGAAGAUGCUUUUAAUGCCUUACAACGACAAGAGCUCACAUACAAAUUUGUUGAAAUAGGCAAAGUUCUAUUAACAUGGGCGAUUUUGAAAAAUGUUGACAUGGUUGUUCAGCGAGUGGUUUUUUUACACGAGGAACUAAUGAAAUUACCGUCAUUUCCUCGUAAAGCAUUGGAAGCAGAUCUCGAUUUAUAUAAAGGUGGUGAAAUGGGCAGGGUCCCAUCUUCCUGUCUUUUCAAUCUUCUUCUAAGUCUCGAAACUCCUUCGCCCGAUCCACUUAAUAUCGAAGAAUUAGUGAAAGAAGAGAAGCCGCUAAAAGCUAUAGAUUUUUGUUACCACGAUGAAAAUGAAAUGGUUACUAUAUUGGAUUGCAUUUCACUUUGUGUAAUGGUUAUUUCAUAUGCCGCUGAUUCUGUACGAGGUCAGCAAAUGUUGACAAUUUUGGAAGCUAUUAUGCCGUGUUAUGUGCAGCAAAUACAGCAUCCUUCAUACAACAAAGAAGGAAAAACUGAAAAGGAAAUUAUUAAUCAAUUAGCAAUUGCCAUUAGAACUCUUGUUAAUAAUUCUGAGGCUUUGACGAAGUAUUAUAAUCGUCCACAAAAAUCAAGCCCAGAACAUAAAGGUUCUAGUCAGAGAAAUUAUGGAAAAAGCUCUUAUUCACCUGGUUUCGAAUUUGACGAAGAAGCGCAGAUAAAUAAAUAUAUGGAACAUAGUAAAAGUAAAAAUCACGAACGCGAUAAUGACGAUGUUGAAACUAAUCAUAAAAAUGAAUUUAUACGUCCGAGAGAUACAUUGCUGAACAUGAUUGAUGUGCCUAAAUUGAGAAACACAGAUAUCUCUUUUGCAUUGACUACGGUACUAAAUACUUUAUGGCCACCGGGAGCAAAAAUGAUGCAACUCGCAGCACCAAAUUUAAAAGCUGCUACUGAUAUUCGCACUGGAAGUCUAACUUUUGCAGUAAGGGAUUCUAAAACAUUAACAAAAAUAUCACUGACGUUAUACCAAGUUGCCUUUUUAGAUCUUUUUGAUGAACUAAGAAAAUUGAAAGAAGAAAUAGAAGAUCGUAAAUUUGGUAAUUUUAUUCAAUAA